AUGGACAAACCUGAUGCCGUUACAAGUGGAAUCACUGUCCUCAAGACACCUGGAAAUAGCAAUUGUAACUGCGACAAGUAUGCUAACUGUGUCUGGAACGUUUGCCGAUGUAAGCAAGGGUACGUCGGUGAUGGCCGUUAUUGCGAGGUAAACGAAUGUCUCAUGGGUAAACAACUGUGUGAUCGGAAUGCUGACUGUUAUAAAUCUAUGGGCACCUACCAAUGUGUGUGUCGGAAUGGUUACUCCGGGGACGGUUACGUUUGUUCUGUUUCUGUUGUACCUCCUAAACCAUACCCAAGUAUACAACGAUACUCCGAUACUAUGAUACAAGCCGCAAGCUAUCGGUCCAUUCUACACGAGUUGAUACCAAUACUCCGUCCUGAUCCACCAAGCCCGACAUAUCCUACAUAUCCUACAUAUCCUACAUACCCUACACAUCCUACAGGUUCAAAAUACCCUACACGUUCAACUUAUUACCCAUUCUCGUCAUCAUCUACAACAUCCUCUCGUUCCCCUACUGUACUGCCCUCGAUGACCACUGUACCUCCUUGA